CAGCGGGGCUCACUUUCAUGAGGGCGAGGGCCCUUCAGCCGGAGACAGAAAAACAUCAAUCGCCGUCUUUUAGGUCGUUUAUGGAGGUCCUCUCAUCGUCAGCGUAUUCGUGAGAUUUAAACUUCGGCGACAUAACUGCACUUAAACUCGGCCGCUGCAGGUCUCACAUUGGCCAUCCACCAGUAUGGCCAGUACACAACAAGGCGCUAGAGACUUCAUCCAGAACAACUGGGACAAAGCCGUAGUGGGCCUUAACCAUGUACAUCUGCUGUUACCGGGACUGAGAACCACAAGGGUCCUGGAUGAAAAUGAAAUCAGCGACAUUGAUUCAUGUAACGAGAGAUUUGAGAAGAACAGAAAAGUUUUGAGUAUGAUAGUAAAAAAAGGCAACGCAGCCUGUGAGGUGUUUCUGAAUCUACUGGAUACAAAAAGAAAAUGGAGCCUUGAUGGCGGAGCACACGACUGGAUUGACUGUUUUAACUUUGAUGGUUCAGGACCUUACAGAGCACAACUCAAGUUAGCAGCGAGAGAAAUUGUGGAAUCCAAAUGGAAAAACAGCAGAAAGCUGUUAGCCAAAUACGUGAAGGAGCUUCAGUUUAAAUACACACCACUUGUUCUGGUGAAUGACGUGUCUGACGUUUACCCUGAAAACAAAUACAAAAAGUCACGUAAAAAGAAAUGUAAAAGGUACAUACCUAAAGAAGACAAGCCAAUUAACAUUGAGGACCUGCUGACCAUGAAAGAAAAGAAGAUCCUACUGGUGGGGAAGCCUGGAAUUGGGAAAACCUUCUGUGUCCUCCAGUUACUGAAUCUGUGGGCCGAGAGCAUUGAGGACACACUCUAUGUCUUUUAUUUCGAUGCAGGAAGUGCGCGCCAUGUUAGAGACUCUGAAGAUCUGAGGUCCUUACUGUUCAGUUACUGUAAACCAGAGAGAAUGAUUGAAGACGAUCUUUAUACUGAUAUCGUAAAUGGAAAUGCCAAUGUGCUCCUCAUAUUUGAUAGCUUUGAUGAAAUCCAGCCAACAUGUCAGGAUGAGAAGAUUGAAAGAGUUAUUUAUGGAAUACUAAAUAAAUAUGAGCUGGAAAAAGCAAAGGUCAUCGUUACUUGUCGACCUUCUUUAGAAGAACGGGAGCUACCAGACUGGGCAGACUGUAGGGUGGAAGUUCGUGGGUUUGGUGAAAAAUCAAUUUCUGAAUAUUUCAAGACUACACUUGAAGGCCAGUGCAUGUCUUCAGUCUCUGUCAUGUCCCGCAGUACGCAUUCAUAG